CUUUAGUCUCUGGAUCCCUUGGAGAUAUCCUUGUUUAUAUUAUUACCUUCGCGGUUUACGAUCUCCUUGCCCCAACGAUUUUUGGACCUGAUUCCCUUCACACAAAAUAGAUCACAAUGGCAGGAGAUGGAUUGCUUUCCCUGCGUUGGAAUAACCACCGCACCUCAUUCUUACAAGUCCUGUCAUCCUUACGAAAUAAGCAAACCUACAGCGACAUCACAAUAGCCUGUUCAGGAAGAUUUUAUGAUGUACACAAGUUUGUCCUAUCAACAUGCAGUGACUACUUUGUGGAGAUGAUGGAGAAGACACCAUGUAAACACCCAGUUAUUGUGCUAAAGGACAUUCGUUAUCAAGAACUGGAAGCACUGUUGAACUAUAUGUAUCUUGGAGAAGUGAAUGUGUUGCAGAAUGAGCUUGCAGGACUUAUAAAAGCAGCAGAGUGCCUCAGAAUCAAAGGCCUUGCCGUGCCUGAUGAAUCUCCCCCUCCACAUUCAGGAGGGGGAGGGGGAGGUGGAGUGCAACAGACCCCUACAAAGAAUUGGGAAGAAAGCAGUCCACAGUCUAAGAAAAGGAGAAUUGAUGAUGAAUUGACUAACAGUAAUUCCAGUCAGCCUAGAAAAAAAGGGAAUAUGGAAGAUCAUUCUGAAAGAACAAGUGAAGCCGAGUCACCCAAAGAAACACAUAGGCCUAGUGUAAAUGAGAAAAUUGUAGUGAAUAACCAAAUUGAAAAAGAGUCAAGCAGUACCUCUGUAACACCAACAAUCCCAAAAGAAAAACCAAGAUUACCAAGUGCUCCAAGAGAAGAGUCUGCAGUUUUAGAAAACACAGAAAUAAAAUUAGAGGAAGAGGAAGUCAAGUAUGAAGAUGACGAUGGUUUGCAAAUGCAAGAUGCUUGUAACACUUUGGAAGUUCAAAUGGUUGAAGACGAGAGCUCAAACCAAGGCCCUCACUUAAAUAGUGAGGUUUCCAGCCGACUGAAGUAUGAAUCGGUAGUACCUGGCAGUGGGGGGGGAGGGCCAAGCCUUCUCUCCCCUUCAUCCCAGCCUUUCUCACACCACCCGCAGUCUUUUGAGGAAAUAGUUUCACAAGCUCUUCCUGGGCCCUCAGGAAUGCAAGGAGAUGGCAGUCAGAGUUGGGAUGGCAGCCACAGCGAGGGAGAACUUGCUCCAUUCCAUUUAAGAAACUUUCCUCAACAAGAGGGCAUUACAACCCAUCAUCGAAAUCUUCAGUCACUGGGGCAAGUGAGGUCUGGAUGGGCCAGGCAAAGCGGCAAUGUCAUGCACCCCCUGCACCAGCAUCCUCCCACGCCAGGACAGAGCCAAAGCCAUCAGACUUACCAGAGACCUGGGGGCAAGAGCGACAGUCGUGCUCCCAGCGGCGAUGGGUCUCAAGGCAUAGCAGCUGAUUUGAACAUGUCACUAGACAAGCGGUGCUGCUUGCUGUGUGGCUAUAAGGGACAGGAUGUUUCUCAACUUCGCAAGCAUCUCCGCAUCCACACUGGGGAGAAGCCCUACCAGUGUCCCCAUUGUGACUAUUGCUCAGCCCAAAGCAGUAAUUUGCGAGUACACAUGAAGAGGCAUCACCAGCAGGAGUUGCCAAAUAAUAUGCAGCCCCAGCAGCACCAGCAACAACAGCAGUACACCAAUACUGUAUUGCUAGACUGAUAUGACCUCUAAUUUAGAAAGGAGUUUGCUGUGACCUCACCUAAAUGUAGAAAGGCAACAAAAUGAUAGAUUAAGUCAUUGUGUGAUACCUCAUUAUUGCGUAUCUGCUUCUGGGUGUUUAUGUGUGUGGAGAGUAGAAAUAAGAAUCCUUUUCUUCCAAACCCUUUUUUUUUCCUACUUUCUUUCCAUUUUGUGUGUGACCUAAUUUUGUUUUCUUUCAGUGUUCUUUUCUUUUCUUAUUAUUUUGCUUCCCUUAUGCUCCCCAAUUCAUAUUCAUCAUUUGUCACUAUUAUGUGUAUCUUCUUCAGUCAUCAACAUUCAUUAUCCCUUCCUCUUCCUCAUAUGGCCUGAAAUUGUAAUUAUUUUAUGUAUGACAUACAUAAUGGCAUGAAAGCAUUUAUAUAUAACCCUGUGUCUAAGAUACAUGUUCUAUAUGAAGCUUUGACAUGAUUGCUGAUAUAUGUGUUCCAUAUACAACAGAACAAGAAUUAUUUUUCAGUACAGGCAGAACAAUACCUGCUUUCAUUUCUUAAUGCUCUAAAGAGUUCAGGAAUAGUUUCACAUAGUCUAGUUCUUGGAUAUAUGUUUGGAUAUAUAUUUGAUCAUAAUUUAUAUGUGUCUUUUUGAGAGGUGGAAAACAAAGAUGAUUGAUUAUUAUUUAUUUAUUUAAAACUGGAUUGAUGAUAGUUAUAUAAAAGGUAAUCACAUAUUUUAUCAGUUUCAUAUUGUGAAGAAAUGUAAACAUUCCAUAUUAUUUUUAGAUUUAUAGAGUGGAGUGAAUCAAAAAAUAAAGAUCAAGAAGUGGUUAUUGUGUAUUUAGCAGAUAAUGCACUUCCAGAUAUAAGAGCAAAGAGUCAUCAUCAGAAGAGGAGACAGCAAGAUAAAUUCAUUACUGAAAAGAUUUGUAAAUGUGAAAGGCAUGUUUGCAGUUGAAAUGAGUUCUCAUGAUUACUGUAUUUUGUUUGAUAAAAUAGUGUUGCAUAUUUACCUACAGAAUGGAUGGUCUUCCAAAAUGCCCAUCUUAGGGACCUUUUAUUAACUUUUAGUAGAUAUUCUUGAUCUGCUCUAGAUUUUGGUAGUAAUGACAGUGUUCACUUGUCCACAACGGGUACCUCUAGGUGAAAAAUGCCCUAUUUCUGGGAGGUAGCUAUGGCAGCAACUUCCUGCUGCUGGCAACCCACAAGUGAGGCACACCAAUGAGCAACCCAAUCAGGGCCUAAUCGGAAAACACAAGUGUCUCGCGUAUGAGACAGCCAGCUACUGCCUGGGAUCUGGCUGUUUCACCAGUGAGGCACCCAUCACUGUUAGGAUAAUAAUAAUAGUGCCAUAUUUUCUAUUUACCUUUUUUAUUAUAUAUGAUAUUGAACAAAUGUUAUUUCAAGAUUUGCAGAUUUUGUAGUUAUUCAUUGAUGGGAGAAGGGAUAGAACAAUUAAAACCUUAUGUAUGGUUGAUGGCUGUAUUCUUUUGGAGGAAAAUGUAUUGUUGUAAAUGCAUGCCUAGGUGUGAAUGUUUAUACCUGUGCAUUUUUAUGAUUGUAUUUAUUAGUUUUGUUCUUGGUGAAGAUGUUCUUGAUAUAUGGCUAUGUUUUGUUAAUGUUUAUGUGCAAUAAUUGCAGUCUGGUGUAGAAAUGAUGUAUGUGGACUAUAUUUUAUUUUGUUUCAAUUUAUUUAUUAAUUUUGUGUGUGUGUGUGUGUGUGUGUGUGUGUGUGUGUGUGUG